AUGCGAGGGCUGACUGUCGCCACCGGCCCGAACGGGCCUCGGCGGUCGAAAAUCUUCAUUCUCUUUAGCAUAACCUUCGCUUGUGGUUUCCUUAGCAAUGUCGUUUCAAAUGCCAAUCCUCUCCCAUAUGAAGCCAUUUUCAACUUUGGUGACUCUAUAAGUGACACUGGAAAUGCUGCUUCUCAGCAUCCAGCUAUGCCUAGCAAUAGUCCUUAUGGUUCAACAUACUUUAAGCAUCCAUCUGGGCGUAUGUCAAACGGGCGACUAAUCAUAGAUUUCAUUGCUGAGGCAUAUGGGUUACCAGUGUUGCCACCUUAUUUGAGUAUCACCAAAGGGCAAGACAUUAAGAAAGGAGUGAACUUUGCAUAUGCUGGUUCAACUGCACUUGAUCAGAAUGUUUUCAAACAAAAAUCAAUGAAUGUAGAGGCAGCUGCUUAUUCAUUGAGUACUCAACUUGAUUGGUUUAAGAAGUUUAAACCCACCAUUUGUAAAAGCAAAGAAGAGUGUGACAGUUACUUCAAAAACUCAUUGUUUCUAGUGGGAGAGAUUGGUGGGAAUGACAUCAAUGCAAUUAUCCCACACAAAAAUAUAACAAAACUUCGGGAGCUAGCUCCGCUUAUUGUGGAAGCAAUUAGUAAUACCACCAUCCAAUUAAUAGAAGAAGGAGCUGUAGAGCUAGUGGUACCAGGGAACUUUCCAAUUGGGUGCAAUUCUGCUGUUUUGGCAAUCGUGAAUAGUGAUAAGGAAUGCGACUAUGACCAAUUUGGGUGUUUAAUAGCUUAUAAUGGUUUUAUUGAGUACUAUAAUGAGCAACUCAAAAAUGCUAUAGAGACAUUAAGACAAAAGAAUCUGCAUGUUAAGAUAACAUAUUUUGAUUACUAUGGUGCUACCAGACGUUUAUUUCAAGCACCACAACAAUAUGGAUUUUCUUCUGGUAAGAUUCAGACUUUCAAAGCAUGUUGUGGAAAAGGAGAACCUUACGGUUUUAGUGCUCAAAUAUAUUGUGGAAGUUCUGCUGCAACAGUUUGCUCAGAUCCUUCAAAAUAUAUAAACUGGGAUGGACCCCAUUUUACAGAAGCAACAUAUAGGCUAAUAGCAAAGGGUGUAGUUGAGGGUCCUUUUGCUAAUCCUUCUCUAAAAUCCCCUCCUUUCAAGAUUGCUUAG